AUGACGGAAGCCACCCUCUUCAAACGCGAACGCGAUGGUAUUGAUGAUGGUGUCCCCAACCCACGCGGUGACACUGUGGUCACCGUCAAUGUCGCCCUGGUCGCGGUGGCAACAGCCAUGGUUGUGGCAAGGUUCUGGACGCGUAUUGUGAUCAACAGCAUGCUUGGUGUGGAUGACUGGUGUGUGCUGACGGCUCUGCUGAUCGCGAUUACCAUGACUGGUUUGUUCUAUGGAGAAACAAAGAAUGGGUUCGGACUCCACAAAGUCGACGUCAAUCAAGAACACUUUCUGCAAGCUUGGAAAUACUUCCUGGCUUGCCAGGUGCUGUACAAGGCUGCGGCUCUCUUCGCCAAACUCUCCAUGCUGUUUCUGUAUCUCCGGAUCUUUUCGUCCCGCAACUUCCGCAUGGCUGCGUAUGCUGUCAUGUUCAUCUGCGUUGGCACCGCUAUCGGGACGAUACUUCCAACCAUCUUCGCAUGCCACCCGAUUGAAAAGGCGUGGAUCCCGACCCUUCCGGGCAAAUGUAUCUGGACACCCGGAAUCUGGUAUGCCAGCUCGUCCAUCAACAUAGCCACCGACGUGAUGAUCAUCGCUCUCCCCAUUGCCCAGAUCCGAUCGCUCAAACUACCGAAAGCGCAGAAAGUCGGGUUGGCGGUCCUUUUCAGCCUCGGCUUCUUCAUCAUUGCAACUUGCGCGGUUCGUAUCGCGACCCUGGCACCAGCAGCCACGGCAAAGGACAGCACAUACUAUCAGGCCCAGAACAACCUGUGGCUCGGGAUCGAAGUGAACACCUCGAUCAUCUGCACGUGCAUCCCCCCACUCAAAGCAACCAUUAUGAGAUUUUUCCCACGAAUAUUCCGUGGAUCCUCCUACGGUCGCCCUACAAUCAACUACCGGACCCGUUCAGGAACGUACAAGCUCUCAAGCAACGGUCACUCUGUCAAGGGAGGAAACAACUCCGAUUUUCCAAACCCUCUUUCUCCCACCCAUGGGUAUUCCAAGACGACCGUCACCGGCGGCACCAAAUCGUACCCCAUCAGCGAGUCGAAUAGUGAUGAAGUCGUCAUGCUGGAGGAUAUGGCCAAGACGGGCAGAGAGAGGCCCAGAAACAAAGACGAUAUCGUGAAGCAGACCGACGUGGAGGUCUCGUAUCUAGAGGUGCCCUAA